GAGAAGGAAGUCGGAGUGACAAAUAGCUGGUGCACGACAGUCUGCCAGUGAGCAUGGAAGGUUGUGGACAUGCCGCUCCAUCACUAGCACCAGCACCACGUGUUAGCAUGUCGGUGGUGGUGGUUGGCCUGCUGUUCCCCCUUAUAGCUUCAGAGGGGGGCGCGUCUCCCCUCCACGACUGCAGGCUGUUGUGCACCACGACUCUUCUGAAGAAUAAUCCCACAGAAACUUUAGACAAGGUGGUGGCGUGUGAGAAGGGCUGCGCCUCCUACAGCCGCUGCCACGAGGACAAAGGAGGCAGCGUAGUGACUCUUCAGGACAUAUCCACACUUUGCUUGGCCGAGUGUGCAACCUCCUGCGCAGGACUGUAUGGAAGUGAACCUGACUUGAGGGCUGCAUGCGUCGGAGGUUGUAAUGGCCAACAUCAACAACAAUAUGACUUGGCAGCCAUUGGUGAUGCACAGUUUUCGUCACAGAGACUGGAAAUCCUGGAUGAUGCAGCUACCGGCGUGGGCAUUACUGGAAACGAAACUCGAAAUGUGACGUUGAAUAUAGAAGGCAACAUCCAGACAGAUAUAAAGUCACAAGCUUCUUCAGGCCCAAAUAUAAGAAAGAACAAUGUUGCCACGAAAGGCGCCAAGAAAGUGGUGGACAAAAAUAUAGCUUUCAACCUCCAGGGUGAAAUCAGCAAUGAAACAAGUUCUGAAGCGUCUCUAGCCAUGCAUGGAACAGGAGGGUAUGUAUCUUACGGGAAAAGAGGGAGAGAAGCUUCCCAAAAUACAUCUGUCGAUAUCCAAGGUGUCUUGUCACAAAACGGCAGCUAUGUUGAUGUCUCUUCGCAGUACAUACCUGCUGGUGCUAAGGGAAAGCUCAGAACAGGGAGAAAGAUGACGGAUGGGAAGAGAAAGAAGAGAAGGAGAAAGAGGAGAAGUAAGAUGAGGAAGAGGAGAGGGAGAUCACCCAAAAAACCAAAACGUAUAAGAAUUAGGAAAAGAAAGAAGUUGUUGAAAAGGAAGAAGCCGACAGCAAGUUUACAAAAGACCGAACCAAAGAAGAAACCGAUUGUGAAUUUAGAAAAGACUGAAUCAAAGAAGACGACUGAAAAAUUAGAGAAGGUCGCACCUAAAGCCGUGAAGGAGGUGGUGACGGCCCCUGUGGUAGCGCAGUAAUUAGGGCCCACAGACAAAAGGCGAUGGAAGGGAGUUACUGCAAAGUCCAUCUUUAUUCAUGCAUGCAUAUAUGUACAUUGAAUAUUUCUUUAUAAGGAAGAGGUGAAACUGGUUGAUUGUUGUUACUACUUUUUGUUUUAGUUUAUCUGAUAUUUAUUUAUUCAUUUAUUUAUUUAAUUUCUUGAUCAAAGUACAUAAACUUUUUUGGCAAAAUAAGACUGCCGAUUUGAUCAACAUUACGCUUUUUCUCGGAUGCAUUUUAUUAACUGCAACAUUUUAUUACAUGUCCUCUGGAAAGAUUGGUACGAUUUUAUCAAGAUUGUAAUAUUUUGUUAAAUGUACUCUGCUUGGAAAUCAUAACGUAACUUUUACAAUACACUUUCAUUUGUUAUUGAUGUAAUGUAAAGUUUAAUGUUUUGCAUGAGCCUUAAAAUCCAAAUAAAUCCAAAUAGUUUGAAA